AUGUCUUCCUCCUUUGCUGGCGUCACCGAUCUCAACCAUGUGAAGUGGAUCCCGAAGCCAAAGGCAGGCGAACCGGCACUGACAGCGACUGUGGUCGCAAAGGUCACGCAGACCACGGCUCACCCUGCGCCCGCUCUCAGCGACACGCUGGCUCCGUCUACUGCUAAGGUGACUCCAGCUCGGAAUCUGGCUCCCCAAGUGGACCGUAACGCUUUUGACACGUUUCAACUGCCGAAGCUGUCACUGAAGGAUCAGACGGCACCCAAGUCGUUCAAUGCAGCCAUCCUGUCUGCUGCUAUCCAAUGCGGAUGUUCGAUUGAUGCAAUUAGCGCGUACUUGGAGAGUUACGAUCAUGUAACCAUUCGCACUGAAAUCAACGCCCCUGUCGAGGGUCUAUGUACGGCUUUGUUCUAUGCCAUUGAGCGCAAUGACACUCAGUGUGUUACAUUGUUGCUUCAACAUGGUGCCAACCCAACUAUCCCUUCCUUCCAAAUGCCUGCUUUGGGGUUUGCCAUCAUCAACGGAAAGCAAUCUCUGAGCAACCCGCUAGAUGUCAUAAAGACGUUACUUGCGUAUGGUGCGGAUGCAAAGGCUAUUCCUUUUGUCAAACCCUCCACAGCCGGUUGGAAGGCGGCUUGCAUCUCAGCAAUGAACAUCUCCCAGGAGUUCUUUAUUCAUCGCGCCAAGGUUAUUCCGAAAACCAAUAUGCGUACGAAGCAGCUUGCUAGGGCACAUGGAAUGACAGAGCUUCUCAACCUUCCAUACUUCCUCAUCGGCCAGAGCCACGCAACCACACUCAUCAAGGAUAACGUGGUCUCAUACGUAACACUGGAAGGCCGUGAGCCUCUUGUGAUGGCUUUCUCGGGACCUUCAGGCCAUGGCAAGACGGAGCUGGCACAACAGAUGGGAAAGCUUUUAUCUGUGGAUACGACUGUAGUCGACUGUGCCCAGAUGAAGCAUGAUACUGACCUUUUCGGCGCUCGCAAUGGUUACCAGAGGUCAGACGAAGGUUCUCAGCUGAACAACUUCCUCGCCGAGAAUGAUGGAAAGUGUUCUGUAGUCUUCCUCGAUGAAUUCGACAAGACCUCAAAGGAGAUUCUCCACUCCCUACUGCUUGUGUGCGGCUCAGGUGCAUACUAUGACCGACGCAACAAUACCAGAGUUGACUGCUCCAAGACCUUGUGGAUUCUAGCCACCAAUCUGGGCGACAAAGAGAUCGAAAGGUUCUACAACGAGCAUAUGAAGAAGAAGCCUGAAGAAGAGAGAGAGACAAUAUACGAGAUCCGUGGGUUGUUCACCAAAAAAUUCGGUGCUCCUUUUACAGGACGUAUCAACGUCGUGGUACCUUUCCUUCCAUUCAACGAGACUGAGUGCGCUAUCGUCACCCAUAAGUUUCUCCUGGACUUUGUCGAUGAAGUCCGUCAAGACAUUGAAAUCCGCCCGGAUGUCAAGCGCUAUGUCGGCCAUUGCCACUUCGACAUUGGUGAUGGCACAGACCUCGUUCGUCAUAUCGCAAAAACAUCAUAUACGCCUGAGCUUGGUGCCCGUUCUCUUCGCCAGGCUGUCAACAACGUCAAGCUUAAAUUUAUAUUGGCUUACCUCAAUGAUGAUGGUGGGAAGCUCAUCACUGAUGAGACCAACGAAAGUCCGCUUCAGCGCUUCGUUCCUCGUCUGAUUACGCACUCAGGUGGCUCGAAGGAGAUUGUCGUGCUUGCAGAGCCACUCAAAUGCAAGCCUGUUUUGGACAGUGAUAGUUCUCAGGGUAGCACUACUGUUUCCAUGACUGACUCCGACGACAGUGACGACGAUGUCAUAAUGCCUCUAAGGUUUUGA